GCGGAGGUGGGGUGGGCGUGUGUUCGAUUCGGUGUCUCCCACGUGCGUUUGCCGUGUAAGGGCCACCCCUUUGGGUUUUGACUUGGGGAACAAAUCAAUGGGAUUGUUUGUCAGUGGAAAGAAUUCUCACUACAGUGUCCCGGAGCCUGCGUGUGGGUAAGCCUCUCAGAUGGUACCUCAUAGGCAGUAGAGUCUUGAGGACACAGCUCGGGCAAGUGGGAACAUGAAUCUCUUACCAAAAAGCUCCAAGGAGUUCGGCUCCGUUGACUAUUGGGAAAAGUUCUUCCAGCAGCGAGGAAAGAAAGCUUUCGAAUGGUAUGGAACCUACCUGGAACUUUGUGGGGUGCUACACAAAUACAUCAAGCCCAGGGAAAGGGUGCUGGUGAUUGGCUGUGGCAACUCAGAACUGAGUGAGCAGCUAUACGAUGUGGGCUAUCAGGAUCUAGUGAACAUCGACAUCAGCGAGGUCGUCAUCAAGCAAAUGAAGGAACGCAAUGCCAGCCGACGGCCCCAGAUGAGCUUCUUGAAAAUGGACAUGAUGCAGAUGGAGUUUCCUGAUGCCUCAUUUCAGGUGGUGUUGGACAAGGGCACCCUGGACGCUGUCCUGACAGAUGAGGAGGAGAAGACCCUGCAACAAGUGGACAGGAUGCUGGCUGAGGUUGGCCGUGUCCUGCAGGUGGGCGGUCGCUACCUCUGCAUCUCCCUGGCUCAGGCUCACAUCCUGAAGAAAGCAGUGGGUCACUUCUCUCGGGAGGGGUGGAUGGUGAGGGUGCACCAAGUUGCCAACAGCCAGGACCGGGUGUUGGAAGCAGAGCCUCGGUUCUCCCUGCCUGUCUUUGCCUUCAUCAUGACCAAGUUCAGGCCAGUCCCUGGCUCUGCCCUUCAGAUCUUUGAGCUGUGUGCUCAUGAGCAGGGCAAGCCCAUGCGGCUGGAGAGUGCUGAGCAUCUGGCCGAGGCGGUACGGGAGCGGCAGCAGUAUGCCUGGCUGUGUAGCCAGCUGUGCCGCAAGGCUGGGCUGGGGAGUGUGUCUCUGGACUUGUGCGAUGGGGAAACGGGGGAGCCACGCUACACCCUCCACGUGGUGGACAGCCCCACUGUGAAACCAUCGCGGGACAGUCAUUUUGCCAUUUUCAUCAUCCCUCAGGGCCGGGAGACUGAGUGGCUUUUUGGUAUGGAGGAGGGCCGGAAACAGCUGGCAGCCAGUGCAGGCUUCAGGAGGCUAAUCACAGUGGCCCUUCACCGAGGUCAGCAGUAUGAAGGCAUGGACAGCAUCCAGGCCGAGCUGUCAGCCCGAGUCAUGGAGCUGGCCCCAGCUGGGAUGCCCACCCAGCAGCAGGUGCCUUUUCUGUCUGUGGGUGGGGACAUCGGGGUCCGGACUGUUCAGCAUCGAGACUGCAGCCCCUUGAGUGGCGACUUUGUCAUCGAGGAUGUGCAAGGGGAUGACAAACGAUACUUUCGGCGGCUGAUCUUCCUGAGCAACAGGAAUGUGGUGCAGUCAGAAGCCAGGUUGCUGAAGGAUGCGUGUCACAGAGCCCAGAAGAAGAGGAAAAAGGACAGGAAGAAGCAGCGGUCUGCUGAUACUCCUGAGGACUUCCCUGCAGCCCCCGGGCAGUCCAUUGAUAAGAGUUAUCUGUGCUGUGAACACCACAAAGCCAUGAUUGCUGGCCUUGCCCUGCUGAGAAACCCGGAGCUGCUCCUAGAGACCCCACUGGCAUUGUUGGUGGUAGGCCUGGGUGGGGGCAGCCUCCCCCUCUUUGUCCACGAUCACUUCCCAAAGUCCUACAUCGAUGCUGUGGAGAUUGACCCCUCCAUGCUGGAAGUGGCCACCCAGUGGUUUGGCUUCUCCCAGAGUGACCGGAUGAAGGUCCACAUUGCAGACGGCCUGGACUAUAUCAGCAGACUGGCUGGAGGAGAAGCAGAGCCUCGCUAUGAUGUCAUAAUGUUUGAUGUAGACAGUAAGGACCCAACACUGGGAAUGAGUUGUCCACCCCCAGCAUUUGUGGACCAACCUUUUCUGCAGAAGGUCAAAAGCAUCUUGACUCCUGAAGGUGUUUUUAUCCUCAACCUCGUGUGCCGAGACUUGGAGCUAAAGGACUCAGUGCUGGCCAGGCUCAAGGCGGUGUUCCCUCUCCUGUACGUACGGCGAAUUGAGGGUGAAGUGAACGAGAUCCUUUUCUGUCAGCUACGCCCUGAGCAGAAACUAGCCACACCAGAGCUCCUGGAAACAGCCCAGGCCUUGGAGCAGACCUUGAGAAAGCCUGGGAGGGGUUGGGAUGACACGUAUGUCCUGUCUGAUAUGCUCAAGACUGUGAAGAUUGUGUGAUUGCUGAGUUCAGGCAGUCCUCUCAGCUUCCUGUCCAGACUGACCUUGGACCCCUGGCCUUCCAGAAACUGGAGAAAUACAAUGCACAAUACUU